GCAUUUUUUUGAUCGAUUUAUUUAUUUGGGGGACGUUGAUUCUCGGUCCGAGGGCCGAUUUUCAAACCUUUUGCAAAGCGCGGCUCCAUUGUUCGCCGGGCGCGCAGGCCCCGCCCCCUGCUUUGUGUGCGGCGCGCGGAUUGGCCGGCGCGCGCGGGGGCCGCGUCAGCGCCCGCGAGCCCAUUCAUCUGUGCACUUGGGCGUUGGACCCCGCAUCUUAUUAGCAACCAGGGAGAUUUCUCCAUUUUCCUCUUGUCUACAGUGCGGCUACGAAUCUGGGAUUUUUUUUUUAUUGCUUCUUUUUUUUUUUUUUUAAAGAAAGGCUACACUUGGGCUCCUUUUUUCGUGCUCGACUCUUUUCCUCCCCCCUUUUUUUUUUUUUUUUUUUCCCUCCCUCCUGCGCUGCUGCUUUUUUAGCUCUCGGACUUCAGGUUUUUUUACCCGGAGUGUAUUUAGUCGGUUCUGUCCUGUCCUCUCCGCCACCCCCACUCCCCCCUCCCUCCCUCCGGUGUGUGCGCCGCCGCCGCCGCCGCCGCCGCCGCCGCCGCCGCCGCUCGCCCCGUCGUUGCACCAACCGGAGGCUCUUUGUUUCCCCCCUUGGAUCUGUUGAGUUUCUUUGUUGAAGAAGCCAGCAUGGGUGCCCAGUUCUCCAAGGCCGCCGCCAAGGGAGAGGCCGCCGCCGAGAGGCCCGGGGACGCGGCCGUGGCCUCGUCGCCCUCCAAAGCGAACGGCCAGGAGAACGGCCACGUGAAGGUGAACGGGGACGCGUCCCCCGCGGCCGCCGAGCCGGGCGCCAAGGAGGAGCUGCAGGCCAACGGCAGCGCCCCGGCCGCCGACAAGGAGGAGCCCGCGGCCGCGGGGAGCGGGGCGCCGGCCGCCGAGCAGGAGGAGCCGCCCGCCGAGCCGGAGGCCGCCGCCGCCGCCGCCGCCGCCGCCGCGCCCGCCGACAGGGAGGCCGAGGCCGAGGCCGCCGAGCCGGGGUCGCCGGGGUCGCCGGCGGCCGCCGAGGGGGAGGCCGCGUCCGCCGCGUCGUCCACGUCGUCGCCCAAGGCGGAGGACGGCGCCGCGCCCUCGCCCAGCGGGGAGACCCCGAAAAAAAAAAAGAAGCGCUUCUCCUUCAAGAAGUCCUUCAAGCUGAGCGGCUUCUCCUUCAAGAAGAGCAAGAAGGAGGCGGGCGAGGCGGAGGCCGAGGCGGCGGGGAGCGCGCCCGCCGACGGCCGCAAGGACGAGGCCGCCGAGCCGGGCGCGCAGGCGCAGGCGCAGGUGCAGGCGCAGGUGCAGGCGCAGGUGCAGGCCGCGGAGGCCGCGGGGGAGGCCGCGGAGGCCGCCGAGCCCCGGGCGGCUGAGCAGGCGGCGGCCGGCGGCCCGCAGGAGGCCCAGCCCCGCGACGCCGCCCCGCCCGAGCAGCCGCCCGCCGCCGCGGGGCCCGGGGAGGCCGCCGGGCCCGGGGAGGCCGCGGGGGAGGCCGCGGGGGAGGCCGCGGAGGCGCCGGCCGCGGGCCCCGAGCAGGAGGCGGCGGCGGUGGCGGCCUCGGCCUCGGCCUCAGCCGCGGAGGAGGCGGCGGCGGCGGCCUCGGCCUCGGCCGCGGCGGCCGCGUCCUCGCAGGAGCCCCAGCCCGAGUGCAGUCCGGAAGGCCCCCCGGCGGAGGCGGCCGAGUAGAGGCGCCGAGCGCCGAGCCAACCCGAGAACUCUUCUCCCCCGCCCCCACCCCCGUUCGUUUGUUGGAGUGGUGCCAGGUACUGGUUUUGGAGAACUCGUCUACAACCAGGGAUUGAUUUUUAAAGAUGUCUUUUUUUUUUUUUUUUUGAUUUUACCUUUUUUUUUUUUUUUUAAUGCAGCAAAUUCUGUUCCCCCCUCCUCCCUCCGCCUCCCCCCCCCCACAGAUCCCAUCUCAGAUCAUUGUUACCACCAUUCCAACAGGUCGAGGAGCGCUUAAGCCACCUUCCUCCGCCUUGUGUGUCUCUUUCGUUUUUUUUUUAUUUUUUAUUGUUUUUUUUUUUUUUUGCAUCAGUAUUAAUGUUUUUUGCAUACUUUGCAUCUUUAUUCAAAAAUGUAAACUUUCUUUGUCAAUCUAUGGACAUGCCCAUAUAUGAAGGAGAUGGGUGGGUCAAAAGGGAUAUCAGAUGAAGUGAUAGGGGCCACGAAGGGGAAAUCUCCAGUGGUGCGUGACAUUGCCAAGAACAAUGUACCACUAGAAGCGAUGGUGUAAAGGCUUAGUCUUUUUUUUUUUUUUUUUUAAAGAAAAGUUAUUACAAUGUAUUUUGUGAGGCAGGUUUACAACACUACAAGUCUUGACUAAGAAGGAAAGGAAAAAGAAAAAAAAAAAAAACACCAAUACCCAGAUUUUAAAAGAAAAAAAAAAGAUCAUAGUCUUAGGAGUUCAUUUAAACCAUAGGAACUUUUCACUUAUCUCAUGUUAGCUGUACCAGUCAGUGAUUAAGUAGAACUACAAGUUGUAUAGGCUUUAUUGUUUAUUGCUGGUUUAUGACCUUAAUAAAGUGUAAUUAUGUAUUACCAGCAGGGUGUUUUUAACUGUGACUAUUGUAUAAAAACAAAUCUUGAUAUCCAGAAGCACAUGAAGUUUGCAACUCUCCACCCUGCCCAUUUUUGUAAAACUGCAGUCAUCUUGGACCUUUUAAACACAAAUUUUAAACUCAACCAAGCUGUGAUAAGUGGAAUGGUUACUGUUUAUACUGUGGUAUGUUUUUGAUUACAGCAGACAAUGCUUUCUUUUCCAGUCGUCUUUGAGAAUAAAGGAAAAAAAAAAUCUUCAGAUGCAAUGGUUUUGUGUAGCAUCUUGUCUAUCAUGUUUUGUAAAUACUGGAGAAGCUUUGACCAAUUUGACUUAGAGAUGGAAUGUAACUUUGCUUACAAAAAUUGCUAUUAAACUCCUGCUUAAGGUGUUCUAAUUUUCUGUGAGCACACUAAAAGCGAAAAAUAAAUGUGAAUAAAAUGUACAAAUCUGUUGUGUUUAUUUAUGUUCUGAUAAAGUACCGAGACCUCUAGGUCUCAAGGAUAGUUUUGAGGAACAUCUCGCAUGCCAUCAAGAGUAAAUUUUCUUGUGGUUUGUAAUCUGAAGUUUCCAGACUCUGAAAUUCAUAAUCAGCAGUGUCAGAUUACACGCAGGAAGGAGUCACGGCCUUCCGUGUCUGUUACCAUUUACCUGCAUUGACGUUGAGUUUUCAUUUAAAAAAUUCAGCAGUUAUUUUUAUGGUAGUUAUAUAGCAUGUCAGAAUGAACCAUUUAAUACAAAAGUGGUGUGACACCCCCCCCCACCCCACCCCCGGACCAUUUAAAUGUCAUGUGAAAAUCUCGUAAAGUACGUUUUCGGUCAUGCCGGUCCAGAAACCUGAGCGAGAGUCUAUUUAAUCCGAACUGCAGACGGGCCACAGAAGUGGCCAAAUGUGUUUCCGAAAUCGAUGGUGUAUUACCUGCCAUUGUAAUUGAUUACUGCUUGGCUGAUUUCCAAAUACUGCGUAGAUUAUGUGUUGUACCUUAGGAAAACGGGCUUAUGUAAAGAAGUGAUGGUGGUGAAUGGGCAAUGUUGUCAGUUUAUGGGCCUUUAGUACUUGCCUCAAUUCGAUAGUUGCGAGUGGUUGUUUUUUUUUUUUUUUUUUAAUCAGUAGUGUGUUAGUCUCUUGUUACUCAAAGGGAAAAGAUAGAGAAUGAUGCUUCCUUCUAUAGUAAUGAUCCUUACCAGUUUCACCUUUGCUCUUACCACCGCAUAACUGGAUUUAUUUUUUUUUUUUCUUCACUGGAUCCUAAACUGGAUUGAAUUUGAAGGUAAAGGUGUGUAUCAGGUACCAUUACUUCAUGAAAUGGCGAAGGAAAAUAGUUGACGCACACCUCUGCUGUUUUUGAGCAGCACGCCUUGUGUAGGGUUCACGGUGGGACUGAACCACAUUUGUGACAACCCAGCGCCAAAUCUUAAACUCCUUAGAAAGGUACAUUAGCUUUUGACAUGUGCUAAUAAUUGGAAGAGUAGAUCAUAUAUGAUAGUCCAUGACCUCUCCUUACCAAAUACCCUCCCCACUACUAAAAAUAGCAUUUGGAAAAGUAUGUACUUUUAGUUGGGGUGUGUUGGUCUUGAAGGAUGUUUGAAAGUUAAAAGUCAAAUCUGGUAACCAAAGGACUGCUUUAUAGGGUCUUUCCAACCUCACCAGCUUUUUCUCAAAUGCCUGCUUGGCCAAGUACAGGGCCUAGUAUGUGGGAGGACUCAAAAAAAAUUGAUUUAAAAAAUUAACUUGUGAGUAGUCAAAAAUACUGUGUAGCCAACUAUAUUGCUAGGCUUGGGUUUUUUUGUUUUGUUUUGUUUUGUUUUUGUUUUUUAACAGCUGGAAUUAAGAUGCAUUAUUUUGAUUUUAAUUGCCUAAAACACUUUGGGUGGUAUUGAUGGAGUGGUGGAUUUUCCACCAAGCGAUUAAAUGAAAUUUGACAUAUACCUUUUCAUCCAAAGUUUUGUACAUCACAUUGUUUUCUACUGGAAAAAUGUUAAUAUGGCUUUUUUGUAUUACUAACAAUAGCUUUGAGAUUAAGGAAAAAUAAAUAACUCUUGUACAGUUCAGUAUUGUUUAUUAAAUCUGUAUCGGCAGUAUGUAAAAUGGCAUUUGCUAUGGUUAUAAGAUACUUCCUCUGGAUUAUAAUAAUCAUUUGAUUCAAUUCCUAUUGCUUGUAAAAUAAAGUUUUACCAGUUGAUAUAA